AUGCAAGACGUAGACGAGUACGAUGAGUUACCGGAUGAUGUUGAAAGAGGAACAAUCGGAUCCAUUUUAUUCGAUGAAAAAGAAGAUGGCGAAGGAAAAGAAGUUCCAUUUUUAUCGGUACAUAACGAACCCGUUGGAUUUAAAAGUAGGAAAAGGAGUAUAUUUAUUCCAAAUACACCGAUCACGGCCAAAAUAAUUAAAUAUGAAAGAAGCGUAACGACUCAUUUAUUACAUCCUUACUUAUACACAAUUGAAUUGCAACAUGGAAAUUUCACGUGGGUCAUUCAAAAACGUUACAAAAGCAUUCAAUUCCUUCAUCAGCAACUCAAAUUAUUUCGAGCAACAUUAAUGAUACCAUUUCCAACAGAAAAACAUAGAAACGAUAGAGAAAAUUUUAAAGAAUUAAAAAAAAGUGGGGAAAAUGAGGAGGGAAAAUCUAAAACUGCUUUGCCUAGGUUUCCCAACAAACCGGAAGUUUUAAUAGGAUACGAUCAAAUAGAUAAAAGAGUAGAACAAUUGGAAGAUUAUUUAAACAAAUUAUUAAAUAUAAAACUUUAUAGAGAUCAUCCGGAAACGAUUGAAUUUCUUUUGGUCAGCCAUUAUUCUUUCAUUAAAGAUUUAGGGGAUAAAGGGAGAGAGGAAUUUAUUGAAAAACAAACGGGGAGCAUGCAAAGAAGUUGCGAUUGUUUCGGUUUACUCGAAGCUUUAAACUGUUGCGGACCGUGUUCCGAUUUUUGCACGUAUAAUUGUAAUCGGUGGAAAAAACGAUGGUUAUUCGUCAAAGACACGUUCCUCGGUUACGUGAGAGCCAGAGAUGGUCUUUUACGCGGUAUCGUACUUUUCGAUCAGGAAUUUGAAGUAGCCAGCGCAUUUUCCAACGUGAGAAGACGUGAUAAGCUUCAAAUAUUGAAUUUGCAAAGAAGGUUGUUGGUCAAAUGCGACGGAAGUAAAAAAAGACAAGAUUUGUCCAAUUACAUAAAAGAAACGGCAAAAAAACAAGGUUACGGGUUUACUCACGACAACAAAUAUUCAUCUUUUGCACCGAAAAGAUCCGACUGCACAGCUUCGUGGUAUGUCGACGGGUCAUCUUACAUGUCGGCCGUUGCAGACGCCAUUAAUAGUGCAAAAGAAGAAAUUUUCAUUACGGAUUGGUGGCUGAGCCCUGAAAUAUAUUUAAAACGUCCAGUAUUAAGAGGUAAUCAUGAAUGGAGGUUGGAUUGUCUCCUACAAAAGAAGGCUAAUGAAGGAAUCAAAAUAUUUGUCCUUUUGUACAAAGAAGUUAAACAAGCUCUAGGUCUUGAUUCGAAUUAUAGUAGAAACACUUUGAGAAAACUUCAUUCGGAAAACAUUAAGGUAUUAAGACAUCCCGAUCAUGCAAAAUCUGGAGUAUUCCUUUGGGCUCAUCACGAGAAAAUUGUUUGCAUCGAUCAAACAAUCGCCUUUUUGGGAGGAAUGGAUUUAUGCUACGGUAGAUGGGACACGUUCGAACACAGGCUUUCCGAUUUCGGUGGAAUUCAUUGUUCGACGUGUUCUUUUCCAGGAUGUUAUUUCCCUCCCGAACAACCCAAAUGGACGGAGGAAAUAGAUGUUUUCGAAAACCUGAUGAGUAAGGAAACGACUGUGGAAAGUUUUGAUGUUAAUCCGGCAAAUCUUUCGAAGGAAUUCAUCGAUAGAGAAACUAGUCAUACUCAGAUACAAACCAGGGAAACGGAAUCGAAACAGAAGAAAGAGUCACUUAUUAACGGUAAUAUAAAUUUUAUAAAUAACGAAAUGGAAACUCCACGGGAACCGGAAGAGGUUAAGUGCGACACACCGGAAUUGGAAAGGAAGACGUUUAUGCAAAGGAUGAGCGAAUGCGUUUCGGGAAAUUGUUUCAGUGCUUUUUCAAAUGAGGUACCGGCGGAAGAAACGGCGGAAAUGAUAAUGGACGAAGUGGAUAGUAAAGAAGUUAACCAUAAGGAAUUCGAACGUAAUGAUUCCCGUGACGAAUUAAAUGCUCCUCCCGUCGUCUACUGGAUCGGAAAGGAUUACACAAAUUUUCUUUUGAAAGAUUUCUGCGAUUUAGAUUCUCCCUUUCAAGAUUUAUUCGAUCGAACAAAAACUCCAAGAAUGCCUUGGCACGACAUCGGAGUCAUGGUUCACGGUCAUGCCGCACGCGACGUUGCCAGACAUUUCAUACAACGUUGGAACGCCGUGAAAAUAGAAAAAGUUAAAAAGUUGCACUUUUAUCCUUACUUAAUGCCUAAAUCUUACGAUCAUUUCGAUCCACCGCCAAAAGAAUUAACGGAUCCCCAGUACAAAGUCAAAUGUCAGGUUUUAAGAUCGGUGAGCGCUUGGUCUGCCGGAUUUUUAAAUCCCGAAGCCUACGAAGAAUCCAUUCACAGAGCCUACCUCGAAUGUAUUAUCAAAUCUCAGUAUUACAUAUACAUAGAAAAUCAAUUUUUCAUUUCUCUCGCGAGGCAAAACGAUUUACUUAAAAAUCGAAUUUGCGAAGAAUUGUGCACUAGAAUAGUCAAAGCUCACGCGGAGAAAAAAAAAUUUCGCGUUUAUGUUAUCAUUCCAUUAUUGCCGGGAUUCGAGGGAGAAAUAGGACGUCGGAGCGGUACGUCACUUCACGCGAUAACUCAUUGGAAUUAUUCGUCGAUAUGUCGGGGCUCGUAUUCGCUGUUGGAAAAGCUAAAGGAAAUGGGAGUGGAAAAUCCAUCGGAUUACAUAACAUUUCACGGUUUGAGAAAAUAUUCGGAAUUUCACGAAACGUACGUCACGGAAUUAAUAUACGUUCAUUCGAAACUCAUGAUUGUCGAUGACAAAAUAGUUAUUUGCGGUUCGGCAAACAUAAACGAUAGGAGUUUGUUGGGGAGUAGAGAUUCCGAAAUUGCCGUCAUAUUAAAGGAUGAAGAAUUCGUCGAAGGAUACAUGAAUGAUGAAAAGGUUCCAGUCGGAAGGUAUGCGUCUUCCCUCAGGAAGUAUUUAUUUGCCGAGCAUUUGGGACUUUUGAGUCAGUGUCACAGGCACGAUUCAGGAGAUAGAAUAGGUUAUCGAGAUCUCGUAGAUCCCAUAUCGGAUGAUUUUUAUACAAAAUGGGUGUCACAAUCAAAUAACAACACAACGUAUUUCGAAGAGGUAUCGACGUUUAGAGAAUUCAAAGCGUAUUGCAAAGAAGAGAAAUUAAUAGAUACGGAUUUCGAAUCGGCAAAAGAAUUAAUCGAAAAGAUCAAAGGUCAUUUGGUUGAUUUACCGUUGGAAUUUUUAAAAAGUGAAGAUUUAUCUCCUAAACUCACGGAUGGCAUGACUGGAUUGAUGCCUAUGACAUUAUGGACGUAA